GGUACUCAACACGCAAAUUGGUGUCUGUGGGGUCCCUCCUUUAAGGCACUGCCAUGCUAGACAUCCAGCGUGAGGCCGAUGCCAUGCAAAUGGUCUGGCUUCAGGAGCACAGCGCCCUGGAUGCUUUUGCCAAGGAAGUGCAGCGGGAUUUGGAGCAGCUGAGGGGCCCUAGGGGUUUGUCCUGGCGGCCGUUCGCGCCGGAGAGGCGCGGUUCUUGGCGAGCGUGCCCGAAGAUCAUGACUGGACCUUCGUUGACUCGAAGCUUCCACAGCUUCCAGCUGCCGGAAGUUCCAGGCGCCGACUUCUCCUUGAGCUUCAGCGGCCUCGCCGCGGAGCAAAGGGACGAGGGCUGGCGCUUGUCGCUCACAGCGAGAGGUCCCGUGCUGCAGCUGGCAAUCGCGCUGUCCUUGUGCUACGAGAUUCAAGGCAAGCGCCGACCUCUUGCCGGCCGCCUGGUGGAGAGCCGCGGUGUGGAGCUGGAGAUGGAAUUGCGGGGCGAGUGGCCUUCGCCACUGCGCCAGGCACUUGCCGCGAAUGACACGGCCAUGCUUCAAUCUGUCACCUGCCGGGUGGAGAUCUUGCCCUUCGGCAGGAGAUGCCCCACGCAAGUGAGAGACGGCGUAGACAGCGCGAAAAGCAAGUAACUGCAGAC